UUAGACACCUGCAGCUUGAGACACCUGCUGGAACAUCUGACUGAGACUGUGACACCUACACCAUGGACAGUUCUGUCAUCAGGGCUAGACACCUGCAGCUUGAGACACCUGCUGGAACAUCUGACUGAGACUGUGACACCUACACCAUGGACAGUUCUGUCAUCAGAGUUAGACACCUGCAGCUUGAGACACCUGCUGGAACAUCUGACUGAGACUGUGACACCUACACCAUGGACAGUUCUGUCAUCAGGGUUAGACACCUGCAGCUUGAGACACCUGCUGGAACAUCUGACUGAGACUGUGACACCUACACCAUGGACAGUUCUGUCAUCAGGGUUAGACACCUGCAGCUUGAGACACCUGCUGGAACAUCUGACUGAGACUGUGACACCUACACCAUGGACAGUUCUGUCAUCAGGGUUAGACACCUGCAACUUGAGACACCUGCUGGAACAUCUGACUGAGACUGUGACACCUACACCAUGGACAGUUCUGUCAUCAGAGUUAGACACCUGGAACUUGAGACACCUGCUGGAACAUCUGACUGAGACUGACACACCUACACCAUGGACAGUUCUGUCAUCAGAGUUAGACACCUGCAGCUUGAGACACCUGCUGGAACAUCUGACUGAGACUGUGACACCUACACCAUGGACAGUUCUGUCAUCAGGGUUAGACACCUGCAACUUGAGACACCUGACUGAGACUAUGACACCUACACCAUAG